UCGACGAUGCCGCGGCCGUCGCGCGACUCCUACUCCGAACAGAAACCUCCAUACUCGUAUAUUUCUCUGACAGCGAUGGCGAUCUGGAGCUCCCCAGAGCGUAUGCUGCCGCUGUCAGAGAUCUACCGCUUCAUCACGGACCGUUUCCCAUACUACCGGCGCAACACGCAGCGCUGGCAGAACUCGCUGCGCCACAACCUCUCAUUCAACGAUUGCUUCGUAAAGGUGCCACGGCGGCCAGACCGGCCGGGCAAGGGCGCCUACUGGACGCUGCAUCCGCAGGCCUUCGACAUGUUCGAGAAUGGCUCGCUGCUACGCCGUCGCAAGCGCUUUAAGCUGCACAAGGGCGAGAAGGACAACCUAAACGUGGAGCUGGCGGCACUUGCAACCUUCAACCAGCUCUUCAUGUCGGGCCAGAGCGCAGCGCGUGUACCGCCGCUAGGACCCUUCCACGUGACGCAGCCGGACUCUUGUACGACUAAAGUGAAACAUAAGAAGUCAUUUACAAUAGACAGUUUAUUAUCUAGUGACGGUGAAUUAGAAUCGAGUGAGAAUUCGGUGGUAAGGGACGAUACUAGUACGUUGGUCCCAUACCAACCCGAGGUGUUGGCUAUGGCAGCAGCUAUGUGGCCCGCUCCCAUCUGUUUUCAGAUUCCCUUAUUCAAUCCUUUACAGUUAACACUCCCUUUUAAUCCAAGUAUACAUAAUUUCGGCGGUUACCAUCUAACAGAACAUCGGUAGUUGAUGUAGCUUGUAACUGUGGCAAAUAUUUGUUAGUGUCGU